AUGCGCUCCCAGUUGACCUGGAGAAAAUUGAAUCCGGAUUCACUACAGGAAUUAUCAGCCAGCGAGGCACACCAACCACAGUUUCAGACGCUCAACCACGUUAACUUUUCAAAUCAACGAGUGUCUUUGAACCCCACCUUAUCCCUUUCGUCUCCUCGGUUGCCUUUCGAACUGAGACUAAAGAUGUUAAACGAGGUUCCUUCUACAGGGCGGCGGGUCUUCACUUUACCACUUCCUAUACACAACGACUCCACAACUCUCUGGCUGAAUCCCGAAAGCGAUUGCCUCUUUUUAUGCAGUUUGAUCCUCGAGGCAUGGUUUGGUCCAUAUAGCUUAUGCGGACCAACCCAAGAAUACCCACUCGGCCUUAAUCCGUGCCACGGAGAGGGUAUCUCACAAGAGGACUUGAACGUCUUUAAAGAGUGCAAUACAAGCCUACAGUCCAUAUGGUUAACUCAUCUCUUAUCCACUGAUUCCCGGCUGUUGACCGGAGCAAGUUCUGAUCCUAUAAUUUGGACGGCUAUGGGCCUCAACCGCAGGAUACCCGUAUUCCCACGGUGCAUCGGAUUUGACAUUUACAAAUCCGGCUCAAGGCCUUUUCAACCAAGUCUCAAGGGCCAACAGUCUGAUAUUACCACAAGCGGCCACUCAAGCAUGGGUGGAACUGGAGAAAAGACUCGGCUUUCACAAAGAUAUCAAGGAAGAUGA